UGGAUUCUAAAUUUUGAAUACGAGACUGAGAUAUUAAUAAUAUUUCGUUUUGUAUUUCUGCAAAACUUUGAGUAUUUUUAGCCUGUUUUGUGGCCUGUAUCUACUCAACUAAAAUAUGGAGAAAAAACGGAAAGUUUUAUGAUUUUUCAAGGUUCACAGAAUGCAGUAAACCGCUGGAAAUAUCUUGCACAUUUUGGUGUUUGUGCAGUGUCAAAGUGAAAUUCUACAACACAGCAAUUCUGCAGGUUUUUAGUUUAUACUACGGCAGGAAAGAAACAGUCUCCACGUCGAAAACUAUGCACUUGAAGAUUAUAUGAGGCUGUUUGUCUGCUGAGAAAGUAGAUAUGUCAAGCCAAAAGGUUGACAAAAGGUAUAGCAAGCAGCUAGUUUUUACUACGUAGUACAUUUACAUAUUUUGUUAAAAAAAGUGAAACGGUUAUGAUCUUGCUUCUUUAUAGUGGAUAGUAAUUCGUUAUACUUUGCAUAAUUUAUGUAUGACUGUAAGUGCAUAAGACCAGCCACUAUGAAUAAUUAUUGUGGUCAUAAAAUAUGACUAUCUUUUAUAAUAUAUAUUUGUUUUAAACUCUAAGGUAAAAUAUAUAGCCAUGGGCAAGUGAUGGUUUUGGCAUGGGCUGUUUAUCUAGGCAUGAUUGUAUGCACAAAACACACUGCCAGGUUAAAGUCCGUAUAGGGACAUGCUAAGGGGCUGAUUACAUGGAGAGUUUUCAGCCCAGGCUGAGUUUCAUUCCAUUUUCCCGUGCUGAAAUUUAAAGACCAUGUAAAGUCCGUAUAAAUGUAAACAAACACUUUGUUUACAUUUUGAACUUAGUGCUACAGUUGUAAAAUAUGAUUAGAUAUAUAUUAUACUGAGUUUUUAACACUCUUCUGGUUCGCUAUGCUUGUAAAUGAAUACAGACUAGAGAUUCAAUUCAAGAAAGUUCGGAAGGUGCGAAAUAUUAAAUUAAUAACAUUCCAAUGUUCGGGUCCCGACCAUUGGAAUGUAAGCCUGUGCAGAACGUAUGCGCAGAACGGACGUCACAUGGUCUUUGAGAAAAUAAAGCCCGGAAUGAGUUUCCGGUUGACCAGGCUGAAAAUCUUCAUGUACUCAACAGGAAAUUUCAACCUGUGUUGAAAAAACAGCAUUUAAAGGCAUAGUUCAGCCUUUUGAAUGAUCCUUUAAGCACUUGGCUUUAUUUCUGCAUAUUCUAUUUUUAAAUGUAUAACCACAAUGAAAUUCUAACUCGCCCCGGUCUGAACUUUGCCAUGUAAUUGUGAAACAAUUUCAGCUCAGUUAACUGGGUUGAAAUUCAGUCCGGGCUGAAAACUCCCCAUGUUAUCAGCCUAUAAGAAAGCAAGUUUAUCCAAGCGGGGCAGGAAGCAUGAUUAUAUAUGGCUUCCUCUGCAAUGAGUUGGUUACAAAAUAACUGGAGCAAAAAUUUGACUUUUCUCAAAUUAAAAAACCCGACUUAUUGGCUGGUCCAAGAAAGGGACCAUUCCACAAAAUAUCCACACCUUACCCACAGAGGAAUUUGGAACUUAACCCCCUCCUCCUUCAGAUGCCCUAGUACAUUUGACCAUGAUAACCAGAGUUGAAGAUUCUUAGCGACUAUAUUAGGCAGUUGCGAUAUUAUAAAAAAAAUAUCGAUAAUAUUGACUAUAUCCAAUUAUGCAAAAUAUGAGAAAACGUAAUUUAGUCAACUUGCAUGUAUAUGCAUCACAAACAGUUAAAAAGAAGUGCAUGAAACCAGUCAUGGUACGUCUCAAAGAUUUUUAUUAACAACAGUUUAUCUGUCAUCUCCAACUCAGCUUUUAAUUUCAAUUGCUGACGCACUUGUAUCAUAAAUUCGCAAUUGCCGCCAUACACACGCACACACAUUGCCGCCAUAAACUUCACCGAUAAAAACAAUAAUUGCCGAAUAAUCGGAGAUGUUUAGUUGCAACUAUCGAUAUUUUCAAUAUGCGAAAAAUUGAAUAUCGAAUAUCGAUAUUUUUGAAAUAUUGUUAAAAUAAUAUGUCACGUGGAGUGACUUUAUAUCUGAUAAAACACAUGUGGCAUUAUAUAAUUGUUCAUCUUAAUUAGCAUGAUUAUACUAUGGUUCAUCCUAAUUAGUAUUCUUUUGUUGUCGUAUUUUAAGCUAUUCAAAACACUCAUUGUCGUGUUUUAUCAGAUAUAUAACGCUCGGCUGCGCCUCGCGUUAUAUAUCUGAUAAAACACUCCUACUCGUGUUUUAAAUAGUACAUAUUUAUCGAAAAUAUCGAUAUAUCGCAACUGCCUAGCGACUAUACCAACGCCAUUGAAUGGGAAUUUUAGAAACUCCAGGAACACAUCAAAUGAAAGUAGUUCCAAGGCAAACGAAAAUAAGAAAAUCCAAGAAGAAUCUGUUGAUAGUGAACAAAAGGUAUAUAAUCUAACUCUACAUUGAUAUAAAUACCUGUAAUGUUCUUAAUUUUUACAUGUGAGCUUUUCUAAUAGCGGGGUUGCAGAUUUUUUAGGGUUGCCCACUUGAGCUCUGAUUGAUGCUUACUUUUUCUGGAAGAGUGGUAAUUUUCACUCAGGAUGUGGGGGUGUGAACCAUGAUCUGUUAUGUCCUCCAUGAAAAAUAAUUAAAUUUGGUUUGUAGCCUGCAAGUCAUCGUGAUGAAAAUGAAAAAGAUGAAGAGGAACUUCAGAAAGAAGAAGAAGAAAAAAUGAUGCAGGAACAAGUAUGAUGUUAUCACCUCUAUCACCACCAUUAUUACCAUCACUGCAACACCACUACCAUCACCACCAUCAUUGCCACCAUCACCAUCACUACCAUCACCAACAUCAUCACCAUCAUCACUACCAUCACUAACAUCAUCAUUACCAUCACCAACAUCAUCACCAUCAUCACUGCCAACACCACCAUAUCACCACUAUCAUAUCAUCACCACUAUCAUAUCACCACCAGCACCAUUAUCACCAGCACCACCAUUAUCACCGUUACCAUCAUCACCACCAUUGUCACCACCACCAUUGUCACCACCACCAUUGUCACCACCACAACCAUUAUCACCACCAUUAUCACCACCACCACCAUUAUCACCACCACCACUAUCACUACCACCAUUAUCACCACCACCACCAUUAUACACCACCACCACCAUUAUCACCACCACCAUUAUCACCACCAUGCACCACCAUUAUCAUCACCAUGCACCACCAUUAUUACCACCACCACCAUUAUCACAACCACCACCAUUAUCACCACCACCAUUAUCACCACCACCACCAUUAUCACCACCACCAUCAUCACCACCACCAUCAUUAUCACCACCACCACCAUUAUCACCACCACCAUCAUUAUCAUCACCACCACCAUUAUCACCACCACCAUCAUUAUCACCACCACCAUCAUCAUCAUCACCAACAUCACCAUUACUAUUAUCAUUGUCGUUAUUAUCACCAGCAUCAUUAAAACAGUUCAAUAUGUGAUUCCAGAAACAAGCUGAAGAGAUAGCACUGGAAGCGAAAGAACGGGUGGAGGCGAAGAUGGCCAUUAGACAACAGAAUCUAGAAGCACCACGUAAGAAUCCUUACUAUCACCAUGGAUUGUAAAAUAACUGGAUAGGAAACGUCCUGACGUCACAGUCUAAACCUAGUUGCAAUCUGUGACAUCACGCGUAUUGCAAAGUUCUCGGCAUUUUUGUUGUUUCGCUAUAUUUUCCGCUUUAAAAGAGUAAUAUUGAAGCAUAAACUGGUCUAAUUGUUUUAAAAACAUGCCUAAGCCACGACAAAGUAUUCAAGGUAAAUGUUUUUCGUCUUUGUUUUGUAUUUUUUUACAUUUGUAACUACGAAAUCGGCGUCGCCAAUUUUAACGAAAUUUACGAUGCAUUUUUCACUGUUUAGUGCUUGAAAUAUUAAUGCUAAAAUUGACUGGGAAUACUUAGAGAUUUCAUCGUAGAAUGGCGUAGUUAUAUUUAUUUGCUCUUUGACUAAAAUGUUUAGCUGUAUUGUAGCUAAACAUGCCGUUUUUGAGAAUUUGGUUUGCAACUAGGUUGGGACAUCCAACCACGCCAUCAUCCCAUUGAAAACAUUAGAUCACAUCAGCUAGUUUCCUAUCCAUGUAUUUUAUUACCUCCGCCAGGAGGUUAUGUAAUCAUCUGGGUGUGUAUGUGUGUGUGUUUGUCUGUGAGCACGAUAUCUCAAGAAAUACCAAACAUAUUCAUACGAAAUUUUUUGAAUGCAUUUCCCAUCGGCUAAGGAAGAACUGAUUAAAAUUUGGUUGAAUGUGGUUAAAAAUUGAACUAGAAAUGAACAAAAUUUUGUCUUGCUUUUCCCGGUCAAUUAAAAAAAACUCACUGAAUGCGUAAUUAGGACGUGUAUAAUGUAUGCACGCAGUAAAGACAAUAAUGAGAUGAUAAACCCAUAGAUAUCUUAUAUACACUAGAUAGUGCAUCUAAUUAUUCUGCAAUUCAAAAAUUGAAGCCGUGAUUGCAGACUCAGGAUAUUCCCAUGAAAUGAGAAGACUCGUAUGUUUUCUUUUUCUUAAACAGGGAACUUAAACAUUAAGUUAAACCUAUUCCAAAUAUAUUUUCAAACUAUUCAAAUGAUGAAAGUUAUUGUUGUUUUUUAAACGUUUAUUAGCGAGUGGGAAACUCCAACAUGGCCGCCAUCUAUUCAAAUGGGGGUAACCGCUGGAGUAUUAUUGGCUUCAAUUUUACUAAAAGAGAUGCGCUAUCUAGUGUAUAUAAGAUAUUUAAGUUUCAGCCUUCAUUAUCUAUUGUCUUAGUUGCAUUUCACACGACCGAAAUUCAAUGUGGGCGGAGGUAUGCAGUCUCUGAGUGCCCUCUAGUUAUCCAUGAUAUCACAAAAGUUUCUUUGAUCAAAAUAUGCCUCCAAAAACAUAAAAAAAUACACUUGACUUUUUAUUUGGAUUUUUAGGCAAUCGCCCACAGGAUUCAUUCUUUCGCAGUCUGGAUUCGAAUAUCAAGAAAAAUUCUUCCUUCAUUAAGAAACUGGUAUUUUUAUAAACCUUGUUUUCAUUAAUAGUACUGUCCGCAUAUAUGUGUGCUCAUCCCAUCGGCCUUUUUUAUAUAGAAAACCAUGACGGAACAGCAGAAGCAAUCUUUAAGCCAGGAAUUUAAUGGUUUGAAUUUGACCAGAUUUAUCCAAGAAGCGGUAUGUUCUUGAACAAUCUAAACAUUUUUUAUAAAAUUUGGAUGCAUUAGCUUCUAUUUAUUUAGCAUCACCAUCAUCACCAUCCUUAUCACCAUCAUCACCAUCAUUGACUGUUAUCACCAUCAUUGACCAUUAUCACCAUCAUUGACCAUUAUUGCCAUCAUUGACCAUCAUCACCCUCAUUGACCAUCAUCGCCAUCGUUGACCAUCAUUGACCAUCGACCAUCAUUAUCACUAAAAUUAUCAUCACCAUCAUUAUUAACCAUCAUCAUUGACCAGCAUCAUCACCAUCACCAUCAUCAUCACCACUAUUAUCAUCAUUAUCAACACCAUCAUAAUCACCAUCAUCACCACCACUACUAUUCAUCAUCAUUAUCAACACCAUCAUAAUCACCAUCAUCACCACCACUACUAUUAUCAUCAUCAUCAUAAUCACCAUCAUCACCACCACUACUAUUAUCAUCAUUAUCAGCACCAUCAUAAUCACCAUCAUCACCACCACUACUAUUAUCAUCAUUAUCAACAUCAUCAUAAUCACCCACAAUCUUUAUCAUCAUUAUCACCAUGUGUAAAUAUCAGCACCGUUAUUAUUAGCACCAAGAUAUACAAGACAAAAUUGUUAUUCUUUCAGGUAACAGGAAUUGUAGAAGGGUUGCAUAAACUAAAGGUUGGUAUUUGAUAUACAUAAGCAUAUAACCUCAAUCCAGCAUCUCAACAGCUCAAUGAGUUUGCAUCACAUAAUACCAACGGCGCAAUCUCUUUCAUCUUCAGGUGUCUGAUGUCAGCGUUGUGAUUCACAUGUGUGGUUUAUUUCAUCAACGUUAUACAGACUUCAUGGGUUAUUUUAUCACUGAACUCAUGAAAAUGUUUGACAACUAUAACUGCAAAGAUGAUGAAAAGGUAUAGUAGGAUGCAGAAGAUCCAAUAAUGGAAAAAAGAAGUGGAAAAAGUAUCGGAACAUAGGGCCAUUGGUCCUAGAGAUUUUUUUAAGAAAUACGAGAAAUACAGCUGCUGUACUUAACCUAAGUAUUUCAUGCUUAUAGUCGUUGAAUGUGAACAAAUUCCGUGUUGGUCUGCGUGUUUUGGCUGAACUUGGUCUUUAUGGCAUCAUUGGACAUAUUGAGGAAGCCAUCAAGCUUCUCAGUUCAACACUCAACAAUAUAACCAGCUGUGAUAUGGUACGUUUAUUAGUGAAACAUCUCCUAACUCAAUGGACAACUUGCAUGUUAGACUAAAUUUUGAUCUAAGUAAAGAGAAGGGAAUCAAACACUACAGCUAAAAAGAACAUAAUGAAAUAAGUACAAUUGCAAAAUUUGGUUGCGAAAUGAUAUAAAGCAUAUAGGAAAAUAUAGUCUUGCAAAGUUUGCACAUUUUGUAUAUGUUUGUAUUACGUGCGGAAAUUGUUACCAUUUUCGGCUCAAAAAUGGUAACAGUUUCCGCAUGUAAUACAAAUAAAUACAAAAUAUGCAAACUUCGUAAGGGUAUGUUUUCCGUAUUUUACAACAUUUCGUAACCAAAUUUUGAAAGUUUACUAAUUUUAAUAAGUUCUUUACAGGAAUUUACUUUUUUUUCCUAGAUCAAAAAUUAGUCUAACAUGCAAGUUGUCUAUUCAUUAACAAAAGUGUAGUUAGGUCAUGAUGUGCAGUCACCACUUCAUAACAACAAAGUGUGUAAUAUUGUGUUUAGGAAAAUCAUUUAUACCUGUCAGUCAUUUUGAGUUUCUGUCGACAUUGCGCUGAAGAUGUUCUUGGAAUUACAUCUAGAAAACAAAGGUUGGUGAUUUGUAUAUUGAAGUUCGUGUUUCAAAUUUGUUAUAUACAAAUCAAAUGGUACCCAUCAGUUACCCCACCGUAGUAAUAAAUUUCUCUUUUAUCACUUUAUCCCUUCCUUGUUUGAGUUUUCCCCGCAUUACAGCUACCUUCUUACUCUCAUGUAAUAACCUGGGGUUUCGGUGGCACCUACCUUUCACCCCCAAGACCGCAGGUUCAAAUCCCAGUGAGAAAACUCCCAACGCGACCCGAACCCAGUCUUUAUGCGAAAAGAGCGAAAAGUCAACGCUCUGCCGAAAGUCGUGGAUCCCCUUCGGGUGCUCCGGUUUCCUCCCACAGGGAAAGUUGACAGGGUGGGUUAGGCAAAAAGGGCCCACAGUAAUCGACAUAUGCUGUUGUGGUGAGCCUGCCCUAGUUGGCAAAGCUAAAUAAAUAAGUAAAUAAAUAGAAUAAUAGAUCGCCUUUAUUUAUAGACUUUUGCUUCAGAAGUACGAUGUGAAAAUACCUCGAUUUGAGGUGAGAGAUUAGGGUGUAUUGGUUUUCUGGCCAAACAAACGCACAUGGUGUUUCCACAAGAAACUAUAAUCCACUUUUUUAUUCUAUACCAAAUUUACUUUACAGGUUAUUCCUUCGGAGAAACAAAAAGCGAUUUUCUCGAUAUUGAAAAGCUAUUAUGAAUCAUUAGUCUCGCAUCUACUCAAGGAACAUGCUGACUUACAAAAGAAAGAAACACAAAACAAACAGAUUCUGCUGGUGAGAUAAUUUUUUUUUGUGGAUGAAUUGUGGCUUCCGAUUCUGUUUAAUCGACAUCGAAAAACAGUGGUUACCACUUGCGAUUAGGGCAUGUUAGACAUGAAAAUUAGUUGCCCGGAAUAAAAUUCACUUGCCGUCGGUCUAGUUUUGUUGCAGCAAGAAUUGAUUAAUCAACAUUCUACUCUGAUGUUUUAAUCAACAUUCUAAUAUGAUGUUUUCCUUAACAAAUUCAAUUGAGGACUUAAACACGUUCAAUUGAAGACUUAAACACGAACUCUUGGUUUCUGCUGAUUUAUUAACAAAGAGUCGAAAACAGAAUACAUAUACCAUGAACAAGAAAACAAUUUUGUGUAGCAGUUUCUGACAAAACAACUUUCCCGAUCAGGCAACCAAGAAGCAACAUCUACUUGCCUGUGGCAUAACGGAGGAAGAGGGAGCCCUUAGGCAUAUUUGGUGUGGGGGCCCCUGUUGAUUGUUGUUGUCAUUGUUUGACUGAGAUAUUAUAUUUAUAUUGAAUAUUUAUAGAAUGUUCUGAAACAUUCCGUGUCUAUAACAAUGACAAUAACAGCAUAGACGGAUUUUUUUUUUGGGGGGGGUGCAGGGGGGUGCUACCCCUCCAAUAUUAGCUAUAACCCCCUCAAACAAAAUGUCCACCCCUCCAAAAAUAUUUUCAACCCCCCCCCCCAAUAUUCGGCAUAAUAAAAAAUAAUUAAAUAGUCCACUCCAACGUGCAGAGUGUUGAUGGUACAAAAUAAAUGUAGGAGUACACUCAUAUAGAAAAAGACAGUGCAACACUCUGAAACUAAUCGCUCCUCGCUUGCAUUCACUGGAGCAAUUGUAAAGUUUUGAAACUCUAUUAUCUCCCCUGAAUAAAGUUUGUAGUGCCUUGUCAUGCAAAUAGCUUGCUUGCAAGGCACGUUUCGAAUUUUUACGAACAUUAUUUUUAGUUUUUAAUUCUUUUAGGAAAUAGACUUGCCUAGAUUUAAUCUUUACGCCCCAAAUAUUAUUUACAUCGGAGUUGCAUCAUAAAUUGUACUCUGAUUCAAAUGACACGUACAAUGUUAAUGACUUUAUAAAAGUAAAAGCAUAUUGUGUAUUGGCCUAUUGGGUUUACACUGUUAGAGGUUCAUUUAUCUUUAACUCUCUCAAGUCUCAACAGACAAUCGGACAUGCCAAAUCCAUUGAUAUGACACUCUUCAAAAAACUUUUUUUCGAAGCUAGAAAUCAUGAUUUUUUUCAAAUUUUUCCAGGGAUACUUUGUUUUCUGCUCUCUAUACUCCCCCUCGCGGCUCUAGUGCUCCACCCCUAGAAUAUAGACCUUACUGGGGUUUGGUGACACUUUGUGUUGCUUCGGUCACCUGCUCACGGCUCACCCCCCUAAAAUUUCUGGCACCACCCCAGUAAAAAAUAUGAAAAUCCGUCUAUGAAUAACAGUCUCCAACAUAUGUAACAGCUACUAAGAAUAACUUUUGUUUUAUUUGAGAUGGACUAAAAAAUCAGCUACCGUUGUCGAUGGAGGUUUAAUUCUUUAGCAUUAUUAAUUUUGCAUUUUCCCAUUGAUUCUUAACCUGCAUUUUUACGUUUUCUAAUUUUCUGGGCGAUAGGCCGUGGGUGAUGGGGCCCCUAACUGUCGGGGGCCCUUAGUUUUUGAACUAACCCUACCCAAAGAGCGUUACGCCACUGCUACUUGCCCAUAAUGACUUUUUUCUUUCGAGUCCUGCUAUAUUCAUAAUGAAUUUUAAUCAUCUUCUUGAUUUCUUUCCUGCUCUCUUAAAGCUCUCUUACAGUAGCUAACGUUCUAUAAUUCAUUUCUGCUCUCAUUUCUGAACGGUUGGCAAGAUGUUUUUGUCUUUUAGAGCAAAGGUGAACUACACGAAGACAGAAAGGAAGCGUACGAGAAAUGUCAGAAAUCUUACGAUAAACUGCUGACGAAUAUUUCCGCAUUGGCUGUAAGUUUGUAGUUGAAAAUAUUCGUGUUUGAACACUUCUUGGUCGUAUGAAACGUGUUAGAAGAAAAAGGAAGGAAUGUGUUAAAAAUAUUAAAACCAUUUUCUUUUUAUUAAUGUAGGAAAUUCUUGAUCUAGAUAUGCCGGAUUUGCCUGAAAGUGGUAAGCGUGCAGAAAAUACUGUAGAUAGUUAUAUUUGAAUUUAUGAAUUAAGCCCCGAUCAAAAGAGGAUGAGAAUAGACCUUUUUAAAAAGUCUGCCUUGUGACGUAGUUUGCGUUAAAAGUAAAGGGCUUUAUACUGGGGAUUGGGGCUUUAAGCUGGGGAUUGAGGCCUUACACAGGGGAUAUACUUCAUUCGACUGGUAAUAUCCAGUCAACUCUCAUCAACUCUCAAGCAACUCUUGUUCUCGUUUGACCGGGACAUGAAAAUUGAGAAAACUCAUGCAAACUCUCAGCUCUAAUCCUCGUAUGAUUGGGACUCUGUACCCCAGGUUUGUGAACUUUAUAUUUUCUAAAUUUUUCAUUUUAUUAGAAUCACUACCUGAAGAAGAUGCAAGUGGUGGUAUUAACAUCUUCAAUCCUUUUAAGCUAACUGAGGUGUGUUAUAAUUUUUAUAAUCCAUGUCUUGUUGACAACUUGGGACAUGCAGUGCGAACACAACUUGUUGACGGCUUGUUUGCAGACUUGCUACAAAAUGUGAGAUUUGCGUGUGUAGUAUGCAUGCAACCAUACAUGUACACACAUAAAAACGCACAAGUUGUUACAGGUCUGCAAACAAGUUGUUACAAAGCUGUUCACAAGUUGUCGACAAGUUGUGUUCGCACUGCUUGUUCCCAGUUGUUGGAAUAAGUUUGGAACAAGCUGUCAACAACUUGUAACAAGCUUGAUGGCAUUAUCAGACUUGUUACAAGGUUGUUCUGACAAGUCUGACACAAUCAUGAUAUAACAAGAAUGUUACAAGGUUGUAACAACACUGUUAUAUCAUAACUGUAUCGGACUUGGUGGAACAACCUUGCAACAAGUCUGAUAAUAUCAACAUGGUUGUUACAAGUUGUUCACAGGUUGUUCCAAACUUGUUACAACAACUGGGAACAAGCAGUGCGAACAUAACUCGUCGACGGCUUGUUGGCAGACUUGUUACGAGAUGUGAGAAUUUUACGCGUGUACAGUACUCUUCCUGACUCCUGAGUGCUCAUUACCUGUACCUUUGAGGAACUCCAAUCUCACUGUGUAUUAAACAAUGAGCAAAUAUUAAAAUGGCGUGAAAAUUAGUCUGAAGUAACCUAGCUAAGACUUUGGGUUUCAGAUCGCACCUACAUUACAAUUUAUUAAAAAUACAACCAAACACACAUCCAUCGCUAAGUUAAGCCUGCUAUUGAAGGUCGACAGUAGGAUGUCUACACUUAAAUUGAUAUUUCUGGCCGGUCUGACCAGAAUUUCUGUCCUUGUAUCAAUGGAAAGAUCUGGGGCCGGUUGUACGAAGGCCGGAUAGCGCUAUCCACCGGUUAGUGAUUUUUUCAGGCUUUGUUAAAUCAGUCGUUGAUUGGUAUAACUUGUAUUAAAGUUUAGUAUUUAUAAGUUAAAUGUUUUUUAUACUUCUUAUGUCGUCUAUAUCCGUAGUUUCAUAGUUUUUCAAGCAUUUUACAAAGGUUCAUCGUUCAGCUUCGUACAACCGGCCCCAGGUUUAUGUUUCUCAGAUAUGUGGCGAAAAUGGACUUCCUAAACCAGUUGGGUUAGCACUAUUUUCCAUCCAGCAAACUGACCGACGUCAUUUUCGCAAGAUAGAAGAGGUGUUAAGUGGCUAUGUAACUAACCCAAACCCUACCCCUACUCUAACCUCAACCCUAACCCUAACCCUAACCGAAUUAAUAAAAAAAUCCAAAAAGAAACGACUAUACAAAAUCAAUAGGGCGGUUUGCUGGAUGGAAAAAAGUGCUAACCAAUCAGUUGAUCCAAUUUUCCGAUCAGAUAGGUCCGAAGCCCAUACAUGUACGUUUUGUGCUUCAUUCAACAAUUUUACCUUUCUGACCGGUCUGGCCGUGUUAAUGGAAAGGACCUGCAAUGUCUUACCUAUAUGUAAUGUUUAUUCUAGUAUGAUGGAGACACAGGUUUGUGGGAGGAUGAAGAUACGAGAACAUUUUACGAAAAUCUAAAAGAUCUUAAAUCCCUUGUACCAAGCGUAAGUGUGUGAUUCAUUAAAUAUAUUUAGGCUUGGACAUAGCAAACUAAUAUUCCAGGGAAGCUGACUUUUCAAGGGUGAUGGCAUGAAAUAUUCUAAUAUAGAUUCAACCUUCCAUCAUGAUAUUUUUUUCAGAUAUUGUACAAGGAAAGUAGUAAGACGGAAAGUGAUAGUAAAACAGCAUCAAAAGAAGAGUUAGUCAAUGGCUUAGAUGAUGAUAGCGAUAUCGUGAUAUCUGAUGAUGAAGAUAUUUUACCUGAUAUCACUGAUGGUAUUGAAACCUAGAUUUUUUAGAUAGAUACAUAUAUAGACAGACAUCCUCUUGCCGGAACAUUUUGGAACUGAUACGGUUAAUAUCCAGUUAAUGGUUGGAUAUACUUCUGCAGUAAAUAUCGCACCAAUUCCCUUACUGGGCCUGUAGUUCAUGGAACUGCCCGUAUAAAUAAAGUUAGUUUAGUUUAGGUUUCCUCCUGUAUAAGUAACACUGCAUCAAUAAAGGAUAACUCUUACUGGACCUCGAGUAGGAAGAACAGUUCAUUGAAAUUAAUAGAGCUGUACACUGUCUAAUAUAAAUGAAGUUUGUUUAGUUUAGGUUUCCUCCUGUAGUGACACUAGUUAACACUGGACCAAUAAAGGGUGACUCUUACUGGACCUCUUGGAAGAACAGUUCAUUAAAACUGAUAAAGCUGUCCAGUAUGAAAGAAGUUUGUUUAGUUUAGGUUUCUUCCAAUAGUAACACUAGUUAACACUGGAUCAAUAAAGGGUGACUCUUACUGGACCUCUUGGAAGAACAGUUCAUUAAAACUGUUAAAGCUGUCCAGUAUAAAUGAAGUUUGUUUAGUUUAGGUUUCCUCCUGUAGUAACACUAGUUAACACUGGACCAAUAAAGGGUGACUCUUACUGGACCUCUUGGAAGAACAGUUCAUUAAAACUGAUAAAGCUGUCCAGUAUCAAUGAAGUUUGUUUAGUUUAGGUUUCCUCCUGUAGUAACACUGCGUCAAUAAAUGAUGACUCUUACUGGACCUCGAGUAGGAAGAACAGUUCAUUAAAAUUAAUAGAGCUGUCCAGUAUAAAUGAAGUUUGUUUAGUUUAGGUUUCCUCCUGUAGUAACACUAGUUAACACUGGACCAAUAAAGGGUGACUCUUACUGGACCUCUUGGAAGAACAGUUCAUUAAAACUGUUAAAGCUGUCCAGUAUAAAUGAAGUUUGUUUAGUUUAGGUUUCCUCCUGUAGUAACACUAACGUCAAUAAAUGAUGACUCUUACUGGACCUCGAGUAGGAAGAACAGUUCAUUAACAUUAAUAAGAGCUGUCCAGUAUAAAUGAAGUUUGUCUGGUUAGUUUUUGGUAUGUACCUCAUCUCCACGUCUGUGUUUGUAGAAACGGAAGAAGAUGAGACGACGUCAGCGGAUGAAAGCAACAAUGGUACAACUUCCGAUGCAUCGGGUGGAAAAACUACUCAGUCUAUCUCAAGUCAACUGGAACAGAUCAUUCAAAGAUUGCCAACUUGUGUCAAUAGAAACUUUAUUGACGAUGUGAGUACGGUGUACAACAUGCUUUUAAGGUUUUUAAUUCAUGUAUGAUGUAAUAAUAUAAUUAUAUUUUUGCUUGCAGCUUGCCACAGACUUUGUCAUGACUUGCAACACAAAGGGAAACAGAAAGAAACUUUGUAAAGCUUUAUUUAAUGUUCCCAGAACAAGGUUAGCCCAUAUAUGUUUAAAGGACAUUGGCAAUAGAAAAUUAGUUUUGUUCAUUUGAAAGAACUCUUAAUUAAAACUAUAUAUUAAACUCUACAGGGUUUUUUUCAGGGAUUUUUUAGGGCCGUUAAACGGCCCCAAAAACUCAAUUUUGAAUUGAGUUUUGAAACUCGAUCUUCUCACCAAAGUUUCAGUGCAGUAAAAAUGAAGUUGUUUGAGUUAAAUUCGUGACGUGUGCAAAUUAGUUUUCAGUUGGAAACCCGACAAUGAAGAAAAAAUGGCUGGAAUUCAUCUCACAACACAAGAAAAACUAUGCAUUUGCCAUCUUUAACCAGUUUAUGGUGUCCCUCAGUGCCCCUGCUUUAACACAUUCCGUGUCAACUACAUUUAUUGAGUACAAGAGUCAGCCCCCCGGUAGGGGGGGGGGGGAUGCAGCCACCCCAGUUGUUCAGCUAAACUCAAUCUUCUCUGCAAAAACGGACCCAAGAGAAAAUCCGGAAAAAACCCCUGACUCUAUUAAGAUUGUUUAUAUGCUUAGUUUUCAAAAUAUUUCGAAUGAAAUUUACUACUUAUCUUCAGAGAGCUUUUGUAUGUUUAUCGUUUAUGCACAUAUUUAGGUUUGAUCUGUUGCCUUUCUACUCUCGACUGGUCGCAACAUUACAUCCCUGUAUGCCUGACCUGGCUGUUGACUUGUUUGCUUUUCUUAAAGCUGAAUUUAAGUGGCAUGUAAGUUAAAUAAUUAAAUAAGGCAUGUUGUGUCAUGUACAUAGAUAUCUUAUAUACACUAGAUAGUGCAUGUAAUUAUUCUGCAAUUCAAAUUUGAAGCCGUGAUUGCAGACUCAGGAUAUUCCCAUGAAAUGAGAAGACUCGUACGUUUUCUAUUUCUUAAACAGGGAACUUAAACAUUAAGGUAAACCUAUUCCAAACACAUUUUCAAACUGUUCAAAUGGUGAGAGUUAUUGUUGUUUUUAAGCGUUUAUUAGCGAGUGGGAAACACCAACAUGGCCGCCAUCUAUUCAAAUGGGGGUAACCGCUGGAAUAUUCUUGGCUUCAAUUUUACUUAAAGAGAUGCGCUAUCUAGUGUAUAUAAGAUAUCUAUGGUCAUGUAGUGUUGUUAUAAAUUUGUUUACUGCAUGGUUGAUUUUUAACUAUUUUUAGGUUCGAAAGAAAGACCAAAUUUAUGUUGAAUCCAAAGUGAAGACAGUGCGUUUUAUAGGUGGGUACUUAGUGUGUAGCCUUGUAUUUGGUUUAAGGGGAGAAUCAUUUGUAUUUUACAUAACACGCGUUCACGUUACCUGUAGUGCUUUAUCUGUAAAAUAAUGCUGAAAUGAAGAUUUUAGAUGGUACGCCAAAGAGAAAAUGAUGUCUCAAGUUCAAUAAAUUUUGCUUAUAUUGCUGUAUAAAUAUGGCGUCAAUUUUACAGCAUCAAUGAUAAUUGUAUUGAAGAGGCAAUAUUUUUUAUAUUGAAAAGUGUUCAAAAACUAAAUUAUUUUGGCGUUCCUCAGAAUGAGACAGACAAACGUAUAUAGUCAGCUAAUUUUAAGCUAUAUAUUUCAGCUGAAUUGACAAAAUUUGGAAUGGUUCCGAAAAAAGAAACAGUUCAUUGUUUAAAGGUAAAAAUGUCUGUAAUUUUUGCUGAGAUUUUGGUGCGAUUUCCUUCUUCUGAUGGAUGUGAACGAGUGGAUGAAUUACGAAUGUUCAGAUGAGGAUACACAUACUCCGAACAUUCGUAACUCAUCUACUCGUUCACAUCCAUCAAAAAGAGAAAAUCGCAUUAGAUGAGAUCAGUAAAAAUUGCAAGUGUAAACGGUGCAAUUUUUCAUGCAACUUGUCUCGCAAUGGCGUUGCGAGACAAGUUGCACGAGUCAUUGCACCGUUUAACAUGCCUUGCAUAAUGGUCAAAAUCGUUGCGAGACAAGUUGCAUGAAGCAUUGCACAGAGUAGAAGUCGGUUCUACUUUUGGCAACGAUUGCACUAAUUGUUUUUAGCAUUGCAGCGUGUAACAUGGCUUCGUGCAACUUGUCUCGCAAUGUUUAUAGCCUGUAGAGUUCCUAUUGGCUCACCCCAUUACGCGCUUUACUUUAAUUAAAAUUUGGCGCCAAAUAGCACCUCUCCCUAGUCUCUUCGCAUGCCUCUGUCCCCUAUCGUUGCGAGUUGCAUGAAAAUCAUUGCAGCGUGUAACACCUCUUGCAAUGCGUUAUCAAAAUCUUUUUUUAAACAUUGCGAGACAAGUUGCAUGAAAAAUUGCACCGUGUAACAGGGCCUUUACGCUGGAGUAAUACGAGCAACAAAAUUGCUGCAACUUGCAACAAAAUCUGAUUUCAACGCAUGCUAAGUAGGAAUGUUGACACAUGUUGCCUCGUGAUUUGUAAUGUAUGAGUGAACAUUUUCAAUUAACAUGCGUAGAAAUCAGAUUUUGUUGCAAGUUGCAGCAAUUUUGUUGCUCGUAUUACUCCACCUUUAACUCUCUGCGCGCGAUACAAAGAACUAUUCAGUGUAGUCACGAAUCUCAAAGGAACGAUGGAUAACCCAUUAUUGACUCACGUACUGUCAUGGCCAAUGCAGCCAGUUUAACCCAUUGAGCGCCAGCACUAUAUAUCCCUUUGGCAAGUAAAAUCGUCUGGCAUUAGACAGAGUAAAAUAAUAAGUAGGGCAUGCACAUUAGGGCAAAAUGCAACUUGAUAGGUAAAACAUUGCCAGACAAUAGAAGCCGCCAUGACUAUAUUUUAAGUUGAUAUUUCUUCACAUUAGAUUUUGUUGGAUAAUUUCACGCAUCACAAUGUUGAAAUGGCGUGCAGCUUGCUGGAGACAUGCGGCCGCUAUCUCUUUAGAUCAGCGGACUCUCAUAUCAAGACCAAAAACAUACUGG